GUGGCGGAGGAGGCGGCGGCCGCGGGGCGCUGCAGUGGGACGCGCGCGGCUGCCAGCCUGCGGGACAGGUCCCCCGCACCAACGCCUUGCUGGCAGCCAUGAAGAGGCAGAACGUGAGGACUCUGUCCCUCAUCGCCUGCACCUUCACGUACCUGCUGGUGGGCGCCGCCGUGUUCGACGCCCUGGAGUCCGACCAUGAGAUGCGCGAGGAGGAGAAGCUCAAGGCGGAGGAGAUCCGGAUCAGGGGCAAGUACAACAUCAGCAGCGAUGACUACCGGCAGCUCGAGCUGGUGAUCCUGCAGUCGGAGCCGCACCGCGCCGGCGUGCAGUGGAAAUUCGCUGGCUCCUUCUACUUUGCCAUCACGGUCAUCACUACCAUAGGUUACGGACACGCGGCACCUGGCACCGACGCUGGCAAGGCCUUCUGCAUGUUCUACGCUGUGCUGGGCAUCCCCCUGACGUUGGUCAUGUUCCAGAGCCUGGGUGAGCGCAUGAACACCUUCGUGCGCUACCUGCUGAAACGCAUCAAGAAGUGCUGCGGCAUGCGCAACACCGAGGUAUCCAUGGAGAACAUGGUGACCGUCGGCUUCUUCUCCUGCAUGGGCACGCUGUGCAUCGGGGCGGCCGCCUUCUCCCAGUGCGAGGAGUGGAGCUUCUUCCACGCCUACUACUACUGCUUCAUCACCUUGACGACCAUCGGAUUCGGGGACUAUGUGGCGCUGCAGACCAAGGGUGCCCUGCAGAGGAAGCCUUUCUACGUGGCCUUCAGCUUCAUGUACAUCCUGGUGGGGCUGACCGUCAUCGGAGCCUUCCUCAACCUGGUGGUCCUCCGCUUCCUGACCAUGAACAGCGACGAAGAGCAGCCUCCGGAGCUGGAAGGUGGGGAGCCGGCCCCGGAAAACCGCAACAGCGUGGUGGUGGCGCACAUCUCCGGCAGCGAGGAGGAGCGGCGGCCCGCGCGACGGCGCCGCAGGAGCGAGGGCGGCGAGCUGCAGUCGGUGGUGUGCUCCUGCGCCUGCUACGACCCCCAGGCGCCGCCGAGCGUCAGUGCCAAGCUCGCGCCCCCCACCUUGCGCGCCAUCUCCUACAAGAUGGAGGAGAUCUCGCCGAGCACCCUGAAGAACAGCCUCCUGCCGUCUCCGCUCAGCUCCGUCUCGCCUGGGUUGCACAGCUUCAACGACAACCACAGGCUGAUGCGCCGCCGGAAGUCCGUCUAAGUGUGGGGAGGGAAGGAUCGGAAGUCAUUGUCACGUGGAUGUAAGUUCCAUUGGCUCAACUCGUCUUUCCUCCUUAUUUAUUUAUUAUUACCUUUCGUUAUGAUUACGGUCAUCGCCAUUCCUUUCUCUCCUCCCUCCUUUCUCGGUUUCAUUUUCUUCCCCACCUUUCCAGCCAGGCAGAGCUGUCCAAAGGGAAGAUAAAGGCCCAUCCUUCUCUGAAACUCGCAUCUGAGCAUGAAGCAUGGAUUUCUUCCUUCCUCCCCAGCAAAGUAUGCCUUAUAUUCCCCCCCCCCCCCGCCCUGCCCCCUUUCUCCGGGGUGGCUUUUCUAGGACAGGUGUGAGACCAAGAGCACGGAGACAGAGCUGAGGAUACCCAGCCCGAAGUGGCUCACCAAGCCGAGAGCCUUUGACUGCCGCCCCUAGAGGCGUGUCUCACUAACUCUCUCUUUUCCUCCCCGAGGACUGGGUGGCUGUGUCUGCGUGUGCAGUGUGAGCGUGUGUGCCUCUAUGUGCAGGUGGACCGUGUGACCAGAUGGGAAGUGUCAGGUUCAUUUUUCCACUCCCCUCACUCAUGUUUUGUUGGUAACCUGCUUUGGGCUGCUUCCAAACAGAAGGGAAAGACAAAACCCAAGAGGUUUUUAACAUCUUGCCAAAUCAAGCAUGUUCCAUGAGCAGCCUUGACCCCAGGUGUGCCACGACCAUAGGUUCCAAGUUAUUAACUUUUUUUCAGGGGGUGGGUGGGCAAGAAGACAUGGAUCAUUUUAGCUUGCCAGUUUAAAAAUUUGAAAAGCACGCACCUUGUGAAACUGGUAUGCAUUACCAACAGAAGUAGCAAUGGAAUGACCAAAAGCCCCCACUUAAAGAUAUUUAGUUUUAUCAUCGCCAGUUCCAACAAUUUACCGUGCAGCUGGAAUUGUCGGUGGAAACUGAAAAUGGUUGGAACCCCAGAGUAUCUAUUUUAUUAUUUCCCUCUGCUCGAUGAUGAUGACUAGGACGAUGAUUUCUGUGCGGCACCUCCCUGCAUAGAUAAGCAGUGUAGUUCUGGAAUGCUUGGAUGAGAGUGGGAUUGGUAUGUGGAUGUGGUUUCUUUUCCUAAUAAAAAGUGACAGGGCAUUCCUCGCUUAAAAUAUAGAGAGAUUAUAUAUUUCAAGAAAGAUUGUCUGGAAUUGCAUUUGAUUUGUAAAUAGGGGAAAGUGCAAGUUGGUCUCAGGAAGAGUUUAGAGGCUGUAUCUUGGCCUACUGGGAACUUGUCAAUCUCAGGGGAUGCUUUGGUUUAGGCAGUGAAGAAUUCCUCCCCACUCUCCAUAAGGGGUGAACCCAAAGGGAAGACAUGCUCAUCUCUUAGGGGACACACGUUAGGCUAGAGAAUAUGGCACAUGGUAGGCCCUUACGAUGGCAGGAAUAAGGACAGUUUGACCUCUGUGUUCACUGAGGGGACUUUGAUUUCUUCCAUCAUCAUCCCUGCCAUUUCUGAAAGUCACCCAUUCACUCAUCCUCCCCAAUCCUCUGUUGUACACUGGAAGUUCCUGGCUCUUGGAUGGAAAUGGGCUUCGCUGCACUGCUCAGAAGGAACCCGCUCACUGGCCUACAGGACUUCUUAAAGGAGACCGAACCCAAAUGCCACCUGGCCCCAGCAUGUGGGCCACUGGGCUGAACCAGGAGCACUUGGACUCCUUUGAAAAGGCUACGCAUGCACCUAAUGCUACGUCCCGUGUUGAAAUGUCCCCUUCGCCUAGGACACAGGACCUUCAGAAGGAGUCUGUGAAUCUCAGACUCUCUUGGCCGAACUUGACAGUUAUGAACCUUCAAGGCCUCUAUCGGCUCAUUCAUCUUUAAGAUUCUGGAACGCCCUGCAUAGGGUGCUCAAGUCUGUCCAGAGAAUAGACAACUCUUCUUGAAUUCUCUGAAGGGAUUGUUGGCUAUAGGAGGUCAGAGGUGUGAACUCACUAAUGCAUAUUUGCAGACUGCUUUUUGCCUUGGCCGCUGCAUGGGACACAUGUAGGAGUUCUCCUGAAAACCUUUGUAAGAUUUGCCCUCGAAUGGGGGCAUGUGUGAUCAUCUUAUCUUCAUGUGGCACAGGGAGGUGAAAGAUUUGCUCAAUAUCAGUUGAUCCUUGACAGAACCAAGGCCAUAGUCUCAGAAAGGUCCACAACACUGACUCCACACACCAAGGUAUCCUAACCCAGCCCCCCAGUGAGGCACCCUGGCCUGUGUCUCCACAGGGGCCCACACUGUGGAGUCAGAGGGAGGUCAGCUCGCCCCCUUCAGAGCUGGUUUCCAUCUGCAUAAUGUGGUCAUGCAGUGACCAUCUUGCUUGAAUGCCUCGAGCGACAGGAGAUGUAGAACACACUAUUCUCACAGUCGACUCCCUUUUUGGAGGAUUAGGAUUGUAGGACGAAGCCUUUUUUCUCCAAGUCAUGACCACCGACCAAAGGGUCAGGGGCAGCUCCACACUGUCUUGGUUCUGUUUCCCUCCCGUGUCUUCUGCAGUCUGCUGCCAGGCUAGCCCCGAGGGAGGAGCACUGGGUCCCCUCUUCACAGUUAGACAUCCAGAGUGGCCAGGGGACGCAGGCGAGCACGGCUUGCUCCCCUGCAGAUGGCCCAUUUCUUCCCUGUCAUGGUGCACUCUAUAUGUGCUCCUGGGGAAAGGGUAGGGGACGUCGAGAUCUCCAGAGCUCUUCUCUCUUGAUAGGAUGGGAGUGGGCCUUCUCGGCCGAGAGCCCCACAUGGCCAGCGUGGGCAGAAGCUCAGUGUGCAUCUCCCUGCUGAUCUCCUUCAGAUGAGAGCUGGGCCACACAGGCCCACAGCCGCCGGAGGUCAUGGCACUCUUUCUGCUGUGGUCCAUGCUGCUUUUGUUGCUGCCGUCCCGCACAGCCCUCCAAAGACCCCUUGCUGCUGGACUUCUCUGGCCUGGCCCCUCUUCCUCCCUUGUACUUGGCAACUUCUUUCAGCCAAGUGAUUGUUACUCCCUUCUUCCACUUGACCAUGCCCAUUCAGAAAGGGGGAUGAAUUCAGCCCUGGGGGUUUGCAUAGCAUCAGCUUCUGUUAGGACGCAUGAAUGGAGAGCCCCCUCUCAGCAGGGGCGUAGGAGGCCGACUUGCCUUCCGGUCCCCUCACGUCUACAUGCCUUGUAUAUACUUGAGAUUUCUGACUCACUUGAACUCUUUUCCACUAAGUGACAUCCAUCUUUACUCCAUCAAAGGCAGGAGGAAGGUGGACAUUGGAUUGAUUACCCUGGAGCCCUGGGCUCACUGCUUUCUAGCGAGCAUCCGUUUGGGUCCUCGCAGCACCCCUUCCAGGUGGAUGGUGCUGUCCUGACCAACAGUCUGUUAGACUCUUGUUUACAUAGAGGUGAACCAACCUCUCUGAGUUCUGAGAUUCCCUCUUAGCCCCAUAGCUGGGACCAGAUCUGCUCUUUCUGCUCCAUCUUGAAAGCAAGGCAGCCUCUGCCCAGAAAGUAUGAUCAUAGCAGGUCAUUUGCAGCCUGGGACCCUCCCUCUCCCCGCAACUCCACGUCCCUCAUACUUCCAGGGGAGGAAGCAAAUGGAUGCAGACUGCUACUUGGAAGAGACUCCUGAGGAGGUCGCAUUAAACCACCUGUAAGAAAGGUGGAGCUGGAUUCACCUGGCGCCCUGUUCUUUACGCACAGGGACCCGAUUGAGAGUAUCUGUGCCAGAUCCCAGGUGUGGGCUGGCUGCUGAACCCAUAGUCAUGGCUUAGUUUUGAAAGCAGCUUGGGACUCACUUCUAAAGUGUGUUUCCUCUAGAAUCAUGGUAUCUGUGAGACCCUGGGAGCAUCCUAGGGGAGGGAAGAGGGGCAGGACAGGGCCCAUUUCCGUGUCUUGCCUCAGUGGGCUCUUGGAAGUCAUUUCACUCCGAGUCCCUGAAGCUUCCUCCUUCAACAGUGGGACAGCACUUGGUGCAGAACGGACUUGACCCACAAAGGCAUUUGGUCUGGAUAAUCUGAUCUCUGGGCACAUUGAAGGUUGAGCCACCAGAAAGCAAGCCAAACGAUCCUUUCCUUUGGCAGGAGACAGAGCUGGGAAGAUGAAGGGACACAGCAAUAGCAGACAGCAGUGGUGGUCACGUGCACCGAGGCCCAGUGUAUUCUGGGCUUCCCAGAGAGCUGGGCAUGAAUCCAUCCCGUGGUAUUCUGUCUUGACCACAACAUGAUAGAGGCUGCUGCCUCAGGACAGUGAACGUAGAAUUGAUUUCCCAGCCAAGGUUGUUUUGAAAAUCCCAGAGUUACAGAAAAGUUGAAAGAACAUAAUGAGCUUCCCGAUACCUCUCGCCCUGACCCACUAACCUCGGCCCUUUGCCACCUUCCCCUCAACUCUUACACUCAGAGACGUUUGGAGGACAGAAUGUCAUGAUGUCUGUAACAGUGAGGUGAUUCAGCCAAAGAAAACAUUGUAUAUCUCCCAUGAACAAGCUCAUUCUUCUAUAUAGUAGUGCCAUUGUCACACCCGAGAGAUUUAGUAUCUUACAGUAUUACCUAGUAAAAUCUGUAUGCAAAAAUCUCCCAACUGUCCCAAAAAUAUCCUGCAGAGCUUUUUGUGAAACUCGACGCCACCCAAGAUGACAUCCUACACUUGCUUGUCUUGUUGUCCCAGAACCCCCCAAUUGAGGGCAUCUCCCUCAGCAGUUGUGUCUCUCUUGAUAUUGAUAGUUUUGAAGAGCCCAGGCCCACAGUCUUGUAGAAUGCCCUAUGAUCUGCUUUUGUCUGCUUGUUCCCUCAGGUUGAGGAACUGUUGGCAAGAAAAGAGUUGAUGUUGUGUAGCUAUGAUUCAUGCUUUGGAUGUCUGUCUCCCUGGGGACCUCUGUGGUCGCUGCUUUCGUUGUGAAUAAAUAAGUCGUAUUAAA